UUCAUGCAAAUCGAACCUGUGGAAAACUAACUCUUUGAGUUUCUAAACCGCUGGAGAUAACACACUGCAAACUGAUCAUUUGGAAAAACAAAAGAACAACAACGAACAACAAAGAACAACACAACUUCUGAAUCACUAACUAUUGUGGUGAAAGGAAGAGCUUGGGAAUGGCCUUUCGUCUGCCUGGUGGGACACCCGAGGAGCACCUCCCGGAUUCUCCGAGGGGACGCAUCCAUGGGUUGCACAUGCUUGCAAGACAAGGCCGUGCGGACAACUUCCCACGUCCAGCAGAGCCUGGCCUCCCUGAAGAGGAAGGUGAGUAUGACAUUGGUCACCGUUUUCCCCCUCUCAGAGAAGAUGAACAUCAAUUUGAGGAGUGGGAGGAUGAAGACCCAGAGGAUGAAGACGACUGGCCUGACUGGUCUGUAGAUCCUGGGUAUGGCUCCAUGACUGAAGAGGGCGAGAACGCAGAGGAAGAGGAGCAAGUGGAUGUUGAAAAUUGUAGUGAUAGUUAUGGUGAUGGUUAUAGUUUUGGUGACGUUGAUAGAGAUGGUGACGUUGAUAGUGAUGGUGGUAGUGGUAGUGGUAGAGGUAGUUAUGGUUAUAGCCUCGGCCCCUCCACAUUCAGGAGAUACUGGAUGGUUCCUCUUGAUAACAUGCGAGGAACUGAAGAUAGCGACUCUGAUUAG